AUGGAGAUGGACAAGCAAAUUAAGAAUGAUAAACGCGAAGAGCAACCAUCGAAGGAGCAGGCUGACCCAAAUCUGCGAUCCUACGUUGCAUGCAAGCACGAGGUGUCGAUCCCGGUCGGCUUCGAGGUUCCAGGCGGUGAGGAGGGCAUGCGAGAGUUGAUGAAUCCUCCCGAUCCUGUCAACCCCGUCCGCAAGUACCCUUUCACCCUCGAUCCCUUCCAGCGCUUGUCCAUCGCCUGCCUCGAGCGCGGCGAUUCCGUGCUGGUGUCGGCCCACACGUCGGCCGGUAAGACCGUGGUGGCCGAGUACGCCAUCGCCAUGGGCUUGCGCGACAAGCAGCGAGUCAUCUACACAUCGCCCAUCAAGGCCCUUUCCAACCAGAAGUAUCGCGAGCUUCUGGAGGAGUUCAAGGACGUGGGCCUCAUGACGGGCGACGUCACCAUCAACCCAUCGGCCAGCUGUCUCGUGAUGACCACCGAGAUUCUCCGUAACAUGCUCUACCGCGGCUCCGAGGUCAUGCGCGAAGUGGCCUGGGUCGUAUUCGACGAGAUUCACUACAUGCGCGAUCUCGAGCGUGGCGUGGUGUGGGAAGAGACCCUCAUCCUUCUUCCUGACAAGGUGCGGUAUGUGUUCUUGUCGGCGACGCUGCCCAACGCCAUCGAGUUCACGGACUGGAUCGCCUCGCUGCAUCACCAGCCGUGUCACGUCGUCUACACCGAUUACCGUCCCACUCCGCUCCAGCACUACAUCUUCCCUGCUGGCGGAGACGGCCUCUUCCUCGUCGUUGAUGAGAAGUCGACCUUCAGAGAGGACAACUUCCAGAAGGCUCUCGCGGUGCUGGCUGCGGGCGAAGCCACGUCGUCCGGCCAGAGAGGAGGCGGUCGAGCUGGCGGCGGCAAGGGUCAUCGCGACGGGAGCCGCGGUGGUAACAGGAGGAACACUGGUUCGGACUGCUACAAGAUCGUGAAGAUGAUCAUGGAGCGCAACUAUCAGCCGGUCAUCGUCUUCAGUUUCAGUAAGAAGGACUGCGAGGGCAUGGCGCUGCAGAUGAGCAAGCUCGACCUCAACACCGACGACGAAAAGAAGCUGGUCGAGUCAGUCUUCUUCAAUGCCAUCGACUCGCUGUCCGAUGACGACAAGAAACUGCCGCAGGUGGAGCACAUUCUGCCUUUGCUCAAGCGCGGUAUCGGCAUCCAUCACGGUGGUCUUCUGCCCAUCUUGAAGGAGGUCAUCGAGAUUCUGUUCCAGGAGGGACUGCUCAAGUGUCUGUUUGCCACGGAGACGUUCGCCAUGGGUUUGAACAUGCCUGCCAAGACGGUCGUGUUCACCAACGUGCGCAAGUUCGACGGCUCGCAGUUCCGUGUCAUCUCCUCGGGCGAAUACAUUCAGAUGUCAGGUCGUGCCGGUCGACGAGGUCUCGACGACAGGGGUAUUGUCAUCAUGAUGGUCGAUGAAAAGAUGGAACCCCAAACUGCCAAGGGCAUGUUGAUGGGCAAGGCCGACGCUCUGAACUCCAGCUUCCACCUGGGCUACAACAUGCUUCUCAAUCUGCUGCGCGUGGAGGGCGUCGACCCCGAAUACCUCAUCAAGAAGUCCUUCCAUCAGUUCCAGAGCGACAAGUCGCUUCCCAUGAAGGAAAAGAAGCUGCUCGACCUGGAGGAGAAGGUCAAGCGGGAAAUGGCUGUGCAGGGCGAGGAAAUCGUGGAGGAGUACUACCUGUUGCGAGAGCAGCUGCAGAAGCUCAAGCGAGUGUUCACGGACACAAUGAACCAGCCCAUCUACUGCCUCCCCUUCCUCCAGCCCGGUCGUCUCGUCCGUGUCACCGAGGGCAAGAACGAAUGGGGCUGGGGCGUCGUGGUCAACUUCCAGAAAAAGGCGGGUCACGAUGACCGAGGCAUGGGUAGCGGGGGGCACUACAUCGUCGACGUGCUCCUCAAGUGCGCGCCCGCCGAUACCAACCAAAAGCUCUUCACGCCCAAGCCCUGCCCGCCCGGCCAAGAGGGUCAGAUCGAGGUGGUGCCCGUGCUGCUGCCGUUGAUCGACGGCAUCAGCUCGGUCCGCGUCUACGUGCCCAAGGACCUGCGCACGCCCGAUGCGAGGAAGAGCGUGGGCAAGACGCUGGCCGAGGUGCACAAGCGAUUCAAUGACGGCGUGCCCCUGCUCGACCCGAUCGAGGACAUGCAUAUCGAGGACGACAACUUCAAGAAGAUCAUCAGGAAAAUCGAGAUGUUGGAGGACCGACUCAACAGCAACCCCGCCUUCAAGGAGCCGUCCUUGGAGCAGCGCUACGCUCUCUACGUGAAGAAGAUGGACGCGGAGAACGAGAUCAAGCUGUUGAGGAAGCAGAUCAAGAGCUCGGAGGGCAUCGUGCUCAAGGACCAGCUCAAGUGCAUGAAGCGCGUGCUGCGGCGGCUGGGCCUCACCAACAAGGACAACAUCAUCGAGGUAAAGGGACGUGUGGCGUGCGAGAUCAGCUCCGCCGACGAGCUCGUGCUCACGGAGCUCAUUUUCACGGGCGUGUUGAACGACCUCAAUGUGGAGCAAAUCGUGUCGUUGAUGAGCUGCUUCGUGUUCGAGGAGAAGUCGGAGUCGGCCCAGCGACUCGCCGACGAACUGGCCGGCCCGCUGCGGUCGCUGCAGGACGCCGCGCGUAAGAUCGCUACGAUCUCGCAGGAGUGCAAGCUCCCGAUGGAGGUCGAGGACUACGUCGAAAAGUUCAAGCCACACAUGAUGGACAUCGUCUACGCCUGGUGCAAGGGUGCCAAGUUCGCCGAUAUCUGCAAGAUGACCAACAUCUUUGAGGGAAGCAUCAUCCGUACGAUGAGGCGCCUGGAGGAGUUGCUGCGGCAGUUGUGUUCGGCGUCCAAGGCCAUCGGCAACACCGAGCUCGAGGCCAAGUUCGCGGAGGGCAUCAACAAGAUCAAGAGGGACAUCGUCUUCGCCGUCUCGCUCUACCUCUAG